GGAGUAUCAAAUAAAGAGUUUUAGGCACACUUCGUACGGAGUAGUAAAUUAUGCGGUGUAUAAAAAGAGGGCGACAUAGUAAUCUGCUCACUCCCACUAUCUGUGUCAUACUCGCUUGUGGAAAACAAUGGAGAACAGCCCCCAGCAAGCGUCGGCCGCAGCAGCCCAGAUAGCCGGUGGAUAUCCGCCGGCGCAGCCACCGUACCACCAUCUCUUCCAGCAACAGCAACAGACGCUACAAAAGUUCUGGAACUUCCAACGGCAUGAGAUCGAGCAGGUGAACGACUUCAAAAACCACCAGCUACCUCUCGCCCGCAUCAAGAAGAUCAUGAAGGCCGACGAGGACGUCCGGAUGAUCUCCGCCGAGGCACCCAUCCUCUUCGCCAAGGCCUGCGAGCUUUUCAUUCUCGAGCUCACCAUCCGGUCCUGGAUCCACGCCGAGGAGAACAAGCGCCGCACCCUCCAGAAGAACGACAUCGCCGCCGCAAUCACCCGCACGGACAUUUUCGAUUUCCUCGUCGACAUUGUCCCCCGAGACGAGAUCAAGGACGAGGCCGCUUCCCUCGUCGGCCCUGUUUCCGCCGGAAUCGUCCCUGGCUCCACCGCUAGCGGAGUCCCUUACUAUUACCCUCCAAUGGCCCAGCCCACACCCACCGGCGUCAUGAUUGGGAGGCCCUCCGUGGAUCCGUCGAUGUACGUGCAGCCACCACCUCCGCCGUCGCAGGCAUGGCAGUCUGUGUGGCAGCCUCAGGAAGACAAUUCCUAUGCCAGUGGGGGAAGCAGUGGCCAGGGUAACCUUGACGGCCAAGGGUAAGUCUCUGCUUCUGCAGGAUCUAUAGUAAUCUAGGGUUUCUAAUUCAAAUUUCCCAAAUUAUGCUUCCUUUUCCCGUUUCCCAAAUAUAUAUUUCUUUCCCGUUUGGUUAUGCUCCAAUUUGAGAAAUAUGGUCACCAAUAUGAGAAGAGCACAAGAAAAGAAAAAGGAAAAAAGAUAGAUGACUAGAGCAGAAUUACAGAAUAUAAGGACAGAACUUUGGACAAAAAUGUGAAAGCUUCACAUAUGGGACAUAAAAAACGAUACAAAUUGUAAUUUACUCCUGUUUCAAUGAUUUUUUUUAUAAAUGAACAUUCACAAUGUCAAGUACACUGUCUACAUGUAGAUAUUGUGAUUGAAAUUGAAGAUUAAAGCAACUAAAAAUAGAUGGUUGUGAAACAAGGAUAAAAAUCUCAUUAAUCAAAUUUUAUUUGUCUAUCUUUUUCAUAUCACAUACACAUAUUUUUGUCGUUGUUAUGCGCCUAUGUCAAUCAAAGUCACCUUCAUUUAACGGCAGGACAUACCUUUAAUCGAAAAGAUGUGCAUGAGGGGGAGAGAUGGAAGAGAGAGCUUGUAUUUGAUCUUUUGGAUCUCUACCAUGUUUUCUUCAAACAGCUUUUGGUUUAAAAGAUAUACCUAUUCCAAACUUCAGUUAGUCAUGUAUUUGACUUUACCGCUAACAAUUGUGUAGUUACGAGUAGGCUUCAUUUGUCAAUUACCCCGUCAUCAUGUGGAUGCACUUGUGUCUACUUCUACAUAUCAAUAUUGUCCAUACUUCCAAUGUUCCUUCAACAAAAUGGUAAUUGCACCUCAGCAAAAAAGCUGUAAUGUAUUGAUAGACCAAGUAAAGCGAGCUAACACGGUGGAACCCUGGGAUCACAUAACAACUCAGUGACUCAAGGUUUGAUAGGGAACUUGAAGCACUUUGAGGGAAAGUGUAGGAACCCCAAAAAAAUUGGUGACAGAAGAUGCAUCUUCAGGAUCAGGAUAAAGAACAAUGAUCGUAAGCACAAAUCAUUGUCGAUCAUUUUUAGACUUAAACGGAAAAGUUUGCUUUACACAAUAGAAUGGUAAUCAGGUCUAAAGAGGUAUAUAGGCCACAUUUGCAAUGUGUUUUUUGCUUUAAGGGGUGUUUUGAAUUGAUUUUGUUUGUAUUUCUUUUUUAAAUGUAGAAGUAAAAUUAGAAUCAGAUUUGUAGAAGUUGGUCUAUGUCAACUUCUAAAAAACUGUUUCUAAAAGCAAUUUGGGGCACUUAAAAGUUGCUCCUACACUUUUAUCCUCACACUCCAAUAUAGCUUAUGAAGGAGCACAAAUAAGUUUAAGAAGCACCUCAAACACCUACUACAGUACUACUAGGUCACCCUAGCCUCUUAUCAGAUCAGCCACUUCAAUAUUUGAAGUGUUAUUAUCCAUACAAGGUUUAGGAAAAUUUUCUAGCUGUAGUUCACCAAUAUUUAUCGUGACUUUAUAAGAGUUUGUGGAAUCUAAAAUAUCCAUAAAAGCAACAACCAAAUUGAAAAGCACAAUUUAAUCGAACACACAAAAUAUUGUGAAAAGAUUGAAUAGCAAACCUAAUUUUGAAGAGAGAUGCUGGUAAGGCUGGUUUGGAACAAAGAAGAUGACAAAUUGGGGAAAAGAGGGUUCUGAAGUCUGAACGACAGAGGCCCUUCGAAAUCUAGACGGUAACGAUUGACUGGAUCUCGAUGGCACGGAAGAAGUUUCACGAUCAGGGUUGUGUGAAACUGGAUCGCAAAGGGAAUAAGAGGACAAAGGAUGGUGGACAAUGAGAUGCGGAACCCCAAUGAAUAGGCGGCAGUGUCACGAGUGAGGAAGGCAACGUGUAUUGAAAAAAGUUGAUCAUGGCAGUGUGAAAUGUGAUACCGAAGGCAUGUGUUUGCAGGGUUGCUGGCGGUGGAUUUAGUUGCAGGCAACGUCGACGGUGUUUUGGUAGAUGAUAUGUUUGUAGCAAGUAUCGGCAGUAAUGUCUCCGGGAAUGGUUGUAGUGGUGUCCUGGCCAGCUACAAAUCCUACACCAUAAAGGUGUCCGGCAAAACCAAAUCAGCAACAAUGGUAAUGUCUAGUUGUUGAAGGGAAGUAAAUUUAUCUACGAUUAAGCACUUGCGCUAUGAAUGCCACAUUAAUGUUUUUACCAAAUGGAGCAGAUAUUUUGGACUUCUAACAAUGGUAACUAAUACACAGUUCGCAUGGACAUCUAGGUUAACUGUGACCAAAACACACUAAUGAUACCUUUUCAACACGCAAUGACUGUCGUUUGAAUGCUUAGCUCCUAUUUUCUACUAUAAAAUCAUGUAAUUCUUCGAGAAACCUCAAAUGUAAUACACUCAUGACUCCUCUCCAUUAUAUUACUUUAGUGUUUUAAUUGUUUUUCAGUUGUUGUAAUUACUUUCAUUCGGGCAAGUUGGUAAUAAAAAAUCAAGCUCACUGGCCUCCUCCCUGUGGGCG